AUGCCCUCUUCUACUCCAUCGGCCGAGCCUGCGGCCGCAACUAACGGCACUUCGCAUCCCGAACUCGACGUAUCCAAGUUACAUGCCCUUCCUACCGAACAACAAGACUUAUACCUCUUAUCAUUUGUCUCCGACCUACAGCGCCAUGUCGAAGAGACAUCCUCCGAGAACCUCCCAGCCCAUCAGCCAUUGAUCAAGAGAGAAGUAAUCAAGAUCGUGGGCUUAGGCGCUCCAGUGCCGUCUCGCGUCAUCAGAAAUGCUUUGGGCAGAAUUCUAGCCGACGCCUUCGGACGAGGCAAUCGAAGUCUGCUCUACGAGACAAUCAAUGAACUUCUAGCCUUUGUGAACGCAGGCAAGGUUGAUAAAGAUGCGGGCUCGAAACAUGCUGCCGUCGUUUGCCUGGGCGCGGUUUUCCGAUCCGCUGGCGACAGCACAAUCAGUCUUCUAGGCUUGGUGGUUUCCUCCAUCCUUCGUUUGCUGAAAAGUUCCCAUACGGGGCUCAGAGGUUGCGUCUUUAAGGCGCUCGGUGGACUGAUCCUGGGUGUAAAGACUAGCCUCGAUGAGCACCUUGCACGAGACAUAUGGAAACGGGCACGAAACUCUGCGGUUGACGACAAAUCAUCGUUCGUCCAGAGGUGUGCCUGUUCUUGUCUUCGAAGCCUGCUUGCCGAAACAGACUACUUUUGUAACUCGGGGGACUUUGACAACCUCAAGACGACGGUCUGGAAAGUCGUGGACAGUUCGGUAUCCUCUGUCAGGCACGCCGCCGCCGCCGCCCUAGCUGAAGCCCUCAGCGGCGUUUUCUCUGAGGGUGCCCACGUCGACGUUCCGGUCAUUCGAAAACCGAAGAAGUCCAAAAAGUCGGGGGCCGAUCUAGAUGAGGGAGAGGAGCAGGACCGGCCAGGAUCACCAGCACCGGGACAAGCCAAGCAUACUGUGCAACUAACGCUCUCUCUGAACGAAGUUCUGCGCGUGCUCUCGUCCCAGUACUGCAAAGCAUCAACCUCCAACCGCGCCCGUGCAGGCAUUGCCAUGUGUUACAGAUAUCUCCUACGUCUACUUCCUCGCAAAACUUUAGAGGAAAGUUACGCCUCUGUUGCACUACACAUCUAUGCCGAAUUACUGGACCACCCGAUUAUCUCUUCCAAUCGAUACCGUCUACUCCUGACAAGAAGACUCGUCAAAUGGGUUCUCGCCCACGUUACUGCCCUGCUUACCCAAAAUGCUCAGAUCAACGCUGCCCGGCAUCUUAUCAACGACAUCUUGAAGGAUUACCCCCAGGUGAUGCCGGAACGUCGAGAACCCUCUAAACGAGUUCUCACAGGGGCACUCUCUACCUUGAAUGACCUCCUUCUGCGCCUAGGGUCCGCCUCGACCGUGUUCCAGGACUCUUGUAGGGAAGCUCUGUCCCAGGUCGUGCAACAUCCCAGCCAUACGGUACAGAGCCACGCCGCUCAAUGCUUCAAAUCCUUUGUACUCGCAUGUCCGAGUCAACUUGUGCCUUGCCUUGAGCACGCCAUGUCCCAACUCCAGAAAGAAUUUGAGCCUUCGUCCGAGAGUAAAUCCCCGCAAAGACGGUACUAUGGCUAUGCUAUGAGCAUUGCAGUGAUGACCAGUUCUGCCAGACACAUGCCACUUUAUGGCUCCAUCCAAGUUUACUCCAAUAUCUUCACCUUCUCAACGGACCUGUUGAAGUCUAGCGCCGCUGCUGAAUUGCGGUCGUCUGCAGCGCAAGUACAGGUUGCUUGGACUUUGAUCGGUGGACUGAUGAGUUUGGGGCCUAGCUUCGUCAAAGUGCAUCUCAACCAACUGAUGCUUCUAUGGAGGAACGCCUUGCCCCCUCCAUUGACCCAUGAAAAUGCCACCAAGAGAGGUCAUCUCGAGCUGAGUUUCCUGUCACACGUCCGAGAAUGCGCUGUUAGCGCUUUACUCAUGUUUCUCUCCUCUUGCAGCAGCCUUGUCACCACAGAUGGAUCAAGACGAAUAUCUACAAUGCUUCAUAACACCAUCCUUUUCCUGGAAAGUUUGCCAAAUGCCCGCGAGGCUGACGACGUAGCCCAGCGGCUCGUACCUACUCUCCAGCUGCAAGACUAUGCGAUACUUCUACGACGCCGUGUGCUUCAGAGUUUCAACGCUCUAAUAAGUUUGAAGCAUCUGGAGCAAGGCGAAGUCGUAUCUCAGUCAGACCUUACUGGGCUCACAAUGCGAAUCUUUAUGGAUCCUGAACGGCCGGUGCUAAAAAGUCUAGAAGCGUCUUUGGCGAAUUCUGCCAGCAAUUUCGAGGGGCUGUGGAACACAAACGACAACUGGGGCUUCGGUGUCAGCAGCAUGACCGAAAGCUUUGACACCUACCUACCGUUUACAAACCAUCUUCAACCAAAAGCAGAUAUGGCUACCGAGCAGGAAGUUUCCAUUCCCGACGUCUUGGUUCGGUCUCCAUUACUGCCGGCAAUUGAGCAUGACCCCUUCUUAAUUGCAAGGCACGAUGGCGGACUGCACGAUGCUGAGAUAUGUUCACCAGCAACAGCCUGUGUCAAUCUCGCGAUUAAAUUGUUUGCCACGUCGUUGCCACUGCAAACUGCCAAAAUCCAAGAGAGCACAGUCGAGCAAUUAAUCACAACGGUGUCGCAACCUCUCCAACGCGAGCCUGGAAGAAAAGCUGCCCUGCAAGUUAAUACUGCGCUGGCUCUCCUCUGUGCUCUGGCAGUGGCCAACAACGAGACACCCUAUGCCUCGGGCAAGUUACAUGUCGAGGCAGUGGGCCAAGCUGUUAUUGAACUGCUUGGGAAGUAUGUCUGUAACCCGGAUCCGGUCUUAAGAAAUAUUGCUGCCCGUGCUAUUGGACGAGUCUGCAAUCUGGCUGGUACACAGUUCACCUCCCAAGAAGUCAAAACGCUCAUCGACACAAUAGUGGCAGAUCGUGAUCCCAGUGCUCGGGCUGGAUGUGCCCUCGCUCUUGGUUAUAUUCACUCUGAGGUGGGAGCCAUGGCCGCCAAUCUACACAUUAAAUCCAUUGUUGGCGUGCUUCUAUCAUUGUGCAAUGAUCCCCACACAACCGUGCACUUUUGGGCCCUGAAAGGGCUGAUUCAAGUGGCCGAAUCUGCAGGGCUUGCCUUUUCAACAUAUGCUACAAGCACACUGGGCCUCCUUUCGCAGCUGUACUCGAACGACACUCACAACGAGGAAUCAGCAUCCCUUGCUACUUCCAAUCUUGAAACUGAACUCUUUACACCACUGGCGAUUGCUCAGUGUGUGGACAGUAUCAUCAAUGUUCUAGGGCCGGAUCUACAGGAUGUCUCAAAGGCCAGAAACUUGAUUCUCAUACUGAUAGGGUAUCUCCAGAAGGAAGGUUCAUCUCAGCUCCGCCAUGAGAGCUAUCAAUGCCUGCGCCACCUUUCAAUGUACGCUCCAGCUCAUCUACAAUUUGAAAGAUAUGUGCGGGAUUUGCAGGCGAAUCUCUCUUCAGAUGAAGAUAUCCUUCAGUCGGUCGCAAUCAAGGGCUUAGGCGAGCUCAUGAAAAGGAGCGCCUCUGAGGUGGCACGAGUGGCAACUACAAAGCUCAGCGAUGAUUUAUGGGCGCGCCUUGAUGACAGACCGGAUGAAAAGUCAUUGCAAGCGAUACUGGAAAAUUGGAUGCAACAGACGGUUUUGGUCGACACCACUGAUUGGGUUGACAGAUGUCAAAGUAUCCUCUCAAGAACUAGGGCAAAAGACCGAGGUCGAUCUCCUUCUGGUGCGACUGCUGCAAAGACGGCAAUGCCUGAUUUGGCAGACGAAGAAGUCGCUGGCUUUGCUGCAGCUGCAGCUGCCGCACAGGGAGAAGCUCCUGACGCUCUCCCAGAGGGCCAGGAAUUCCUACGAUGGCAAACAAGAGACUUUGCCAUGCGUCUGCUCAAUGAGUCUAUGGACAUUAUCCAAGCGGCCAUCUCGCAGGACCGAGUCAUUCCAGCGGAGGAAGCUCUACAAAGCAAAGUGGCCGACGUGGUUCGGGUGGCGUUCUCGGCAUCAACAGCGGAUGUGGUGCAGCUCCGCAUCUGGGGUCUUCGAAUUCUUGACCAUAUCCUCAAACUGUUUGGCAAAACCCCAGAUCCCGAUUUCUUAGAAGCCUCACUCUUGGAGCAAUAUCAGGCACAAAUUAGCUCUGCCCUGACUCCGGCGUUUGCGGCAGAUUCGUCCCCAGAACUGGCUGCCGAAGCAAUAGGCGUGUGUGCAACUUUUGUGGCGACUGGGAUUGUCACCAAUGCGGACCGCAUGGGACGAAUCUUCAAAGUCCUCGCGAUGGGGGUCGACAACUUUUCGCAACCCAAUCCCGAAGCUGCCAUUGGUGAUUUAAAGAACCUGAGUCCAAACGCGCAGGCAAUGUUGAAGAUGAGCAUUUUGUCCGGAUGGGCGCAGUUACAGCUAGCCAGUUCUGAGCAGCUUUACCUCGAGAAGAUUCUGCAACCGUUUAUUCCAAAGUUGGCCCCACUCUGGCUGACUUCGCUCCAGGAGUUCGCAGGCUUGCGUUUUGAACCUGAGAUCUCGGAUACUCUUGGGGGUGAAAUUGCUGGCGCGAAUUUGGACGAGAGGUACGCCUCUUUUAACCGUGAGAUCCGCCUCCAAUUCUAUCAGAAAAGUUGGCUGAACAUUGUGGAUGCAAUCGCGGUCCUGGUCGAGAAGGACAGUGAAUCAGUGUUUGAUGCCCUGGACAACAAGCGUGUCUCGCCAGACCAGGGCGAGGCCGGCGUUGCCCUUCCUCAGGGAAGAGAUAUGAGUUUCCGCGAGGAACCAGUGGCUUUCUUCUUCAUCCUUUUUGGAUUAGCCUUUGAAGCUCUGGUGACGCAAACUCGCGACGAUCCAGCACAAACACUAUCUAUCCUACAAGCUCUUAAAAAGAUCUUGACCCCUGCUGUCUGUGGGAAUGCCAUAUAUGAGCCGGCUGUCUUCAACGAGACGACCGACACGCUCGACCGUUUGGCCCUUACAAGCACGACGGAGACACAGAGUGUUCUGGUCGAGAUUGCGAGGAACCUAGCACUAGAUCAUCCCACAGCGAAGAGCCAUGACCGUGACGAGAAGUUAUCAGAUGACAUCGAACAGCUUUUUGAGUUGACAAGGAUCAUUCUUCUAGUCUUGAGCGAUCUUGUCCCGACAUUGGAGGAUCCGCCCGGGUCUGCUGUCCGACGACUGGGAGACGAAGGCACGGCCCUGGUCCAGCUGUGUUUCCAGGCGUUGGUGGAUGUGGCCUCGGUAUUUCCAACGAUCAUCCGGGCCGAUCUCCAUGCAUGCAUAAUUCACAGCUAUUGCACGAUUCUUGCUACUGGCAUAUGUCAGGAGGAGGUUCUGCCACGGAUCAUGCCCAUCUUCAAAGCAUUCUUGCAGGAUAUGAUCAAACCUGGUAGCGACGAGGUGCCCUCCAGGCUGGUCAGGGGCUGUCUCCAUCGUAUGCUGGCUACCUUGACCAUCGCUCAACGGCGGGAGAAUGAUUUUGCAAUUACCUGUGCCAAGAACACGUUGUUGUCGAUGACAAUCUUGCUCACUACCGCGAGCUCGGUCAUACCGGCCACCGACGAUCUCGUGACAAAGGCUGUGGCUGAGUUGCUGGAUUGUCUACAGGACGUCGGUCUGGCCAAAAUUGCAGCCGGCUGCAUACGGUCUCUGCUGAUGACGCACCCCAAAACAGCGUGUGAGGAAGUGAUCGGGCGGACCUUAUGGAGCCGGUUGAUUCCGUUCGUCAGUGAUCCUGAUGUGGAAGAUCCAGAGAGUGUGAAGACGCCCCUGGUUCAGGCACUCGUGGCGUCUGUGGUAACACUUCAAGGGUCUGGCAGAUUUGCUGCAAUGUCCAUCCUGAUUCCAUUGCUGCUACUCAGGACGAAGCAGGGUAACUCGGAAAGUGCCCGUAAAGAGAGCGCUGCACGGCUUCUCGAGCUGGUUGCUGCGGACCAAGUCGCUUUCAAAGUCACAGUGGGUAUGCUACACGAGGACCAACGGUCGGAGCUGGAAAGUCUGUUAAGAGCAACAGCAGUAGGGCGGAAGCAAGAGACACCGUCAUCGGAUAGUGUUGAUUCUAAGCCUGCAAUCGAGUUGCGAAUGGACUUUGGGUGA